AUGAUGUCUGAAGGACUAGCAAAUACCUCCAGGCAACAAAAGAACUAUGGCUCUACAACAGAAAGGGUCCCUAAUGUUGCAAUUGCUGGUGUUAAGUUUAGCCCUACUGAAUUAUUCGAGCUUACCGAUAAGAUUGCAUCUAACAUUUAUUCUAUAAACACAAGAAGGAAAGAUUUAGAACAAAACUUAAAAACAAUUGGAACUCCUAAAGAUUGUCAGGAUUUACGAGUCAAAAUACAUUCAAAAUUAGUUAGUGCUAAUGAAGUUGUUGACCAAACUACAAAAGAUCUAAAUAAGCUUACUGGAAUAGUUAAAAAAAAAGAUAAACAGCAAAAAUUGCAAGUUGAGAUUUUGAUGAACAACUUCAAAGAUGCUGUCAAAUUAUAUAGCAAAACACAAAAGCAAGUUGCUGAGAAAAUGAAAACACACCUUCUACCUUCAGAACAUGCAAUUCUUGAUGACAUUUCUCAAGGGAAAGUCUCCAAUGGCUCUCAAGCAGAUCCGAAUUUGCAAAAGGUUAUUGCUAAUCAGAUGGAAUUUGAACAAGGUUUAUUAUUGGAACGAGAACAGAGAAUCCAAAAUAUUGAAAGCUGUAUAUUAGAUAUAAAUCAGAUCAUGAAUGAAUUAGGAGCAAUGGUGAAUCAGCAGGCUGAUGAUAUAAAUUCUAUUGAGAAUGCUAUUGAAUCAGCUUACGGUGCAGUUGAAGAUGGACAUAGUGAAUUAGAGAAAGCUGCUAUGUAUCAGUCAAGGAGGAGAAAGAAAACAUGUAUUCUUCUGGGUAUAUCAGUAACAGCUGGAAUAAUAUUGGCUUUAAUAAUAGCCUUAUCAUUGUCAAGAUAA